UCAGUUCGCUUGCCUAUAGCCGCCGUAGUAGCAGCCAGUACCAGUACAUUUUGUUCAGUCUCGGCGGUCUCAGUUCGUUCGAGGCGAUUUUCACAGGCAGUAGUACCACCAGAGUAUCCAGUGCCAGUAUCCAGUAUCCCAGUAUCCAGUAUACAGUGAAGUAAACAGCAAGCGACAAGGCAAACUGCUUAAGAGCUCAGCCUUCACAUUUUCCUUGAAAGAAAUCAAUCCAAACCAGAAACAAACAUGAGUGGAGACCGCCCGAAGCGUCCCCUUUCGGCCUACAUGCUGUGGCUCAACGAGACCCGCGAACAGAUCAAGAAGGAUAAUCCCGGCAGCAAGGUGACAGACAUCGCCAAGCGGGGUGGCGAGCUCUGGCGCGGACUGAAGGAUAAGACCGAAUGGGAGCAGAAGGCCAUCAAGAUGAAGGAGGAGUACAACAAGGCGGUGAAGGAGUACGAGGCCAACGGCGGUACCGAUUCGGGAGCGCCCAAGAAGCGAAAGAAGGCGGCCGCCAAGCCCGCCAAGAAGGCCAAGAAGAAAGAGUCCUCCGAGGAGGAGGAGGAGGACGAGAGCGAGUAGACGGUUGCAGCCUCCGCAUUGGGCAACGUUUUUCUGCAUAAGUUUUAAAAUACAUUUUAUUAAUGUAAUUUUUUAAGUGACAAAAAGAGAACCCACAAAAAUGGAAACCAACAAAAAACUUAAUUAAAAAAAUCUCAAAAAAAUAUGAAAAACUUACAAAAAAAUGAAUUAAGACCUUAAAUCUUUAAAUAUGCACUAAAUCCAUAAACAUGAGAACACACCGAUACACACAUGCCAACAAACACACAGCAUAAACCAUAAAACUAAGUUAAAGAAGUGAAAAAUCACACACACAUUAUUUCCAGUCAACUGUUCU